AGGAGAACAGUAGUUUGGCAGUAAUGGUGUUUUUGUGCAGCGUUACUCACGCGCCGCACUGCACAUGCAUGGAGCCCACUUGCUUGUCGCACCAGCCCAUGGCCUGCAGAGAUGGGUAGUCAUCACACAGCUCCACACUGCGGCCCAUGAAGUUCUCCUUCUCAAAGAUGGUCAUCCGACUGUCCUGGUGGACCUACAAAUAGAGAGAGAGGGAUUGAAGGAGAAGCGGAGGAACGAAAUGGGGUCAUCAUGUCCACUGGUGGAGAGAAGUCCAAGCCUGCCUCCCAGCCUGAUGGGAAGGCUGCUCAGACCCAGAAGAAAACCGAGAUGGGCAUGGGAAACUACAAGAUGUACGUGUUUGAUCAGGAGAACUUCCAGGGCCGCAUGAUCGAGAUCUCCAACGAGUGCAUGAACGUGUGUGAAAUGGGCAUGGAUAGAGUGCGUUCCCUCCGCGUGGAGUGCGGCCCUUGGGUUGGCUGGGAGCAGAUGAACUUCUGUGGAGAGAUGUACAUCCUGGAGAAGGGUGAAUAUCCCCGCUGGGACUGCUGGAGCAACUGCCACAGAAAUGACUACCUGCUGUCCUUCAGACCUAUCAGAAUGGACCCAGAAAAGCAUAAGAUCUGUCUGUACGAAGUUGGUGAUUUCAAGGGCCGCAAGAUGGAGAUCAUCGAUGAUGAUGUGCCCAGCAUGUACACCUUCGGCUUCACCGACCGUGUUGGCAGCAUCAUGGUCAGCUGUGGCACUUGGGUGGGCUACCAAUAUCCUGGUUACCGUGGUAGCCAGUACCUGCUGGAGAAGGGCGACUACCGUCACUUUAACGAGUACGGCGCUCGUCAUCCCCAGUUCCAGUCCGUCAGGCGCAUCCGAGACAUGCAGUGGCACCCAGACGGCUGCUACACCAUGGCCACCAAGUGAGGGCUGGG